AUGCCGGCGUACCAUUCAAAAAUCGAACCGGAACUGUUGAUUGCGAAUAUGGCGCUACUGCCAUUACGGACGAAUUUCAAAGGACCGGCACCACGUACUGACGCAGAAGUGGAUAUCAUUGAUGAGGCCCUCAUGUAUUUCAAACCCAAUAUUUUCUUCCGCGAAUUUGAAAUCAAAGGACCGUCUGAUAGAACUCUAAUCUAUCUCACGUUCUACAUCACAGAAUGUUUACGGAAGUUGCAACGGAGUCCAAACAAAAUUUCUGGUCAAAAGGACUUGGCAGCGCUUGCCUUAAGCCAUCAGUUGCCUAUACCUGGUGAAGCGGACUUUCCUCUUAAUAAUAUGUACAAGGCACCCGCAAAUAAACAGGAAGAAGAAACGAUGCGCGCAUAUCUACAGCAAAUGAGACAAGAGCUAGGCGCAAGGCUAUGCGAGAGUUAG